AUGGAGAGAUACAGUCAAUUCCGCGACAAAGGUACGGCUAUAGCGCCAUUCCUUCCUGUCCCUCCCCCACCGGUCGGCAUUAUCUGGCAGCCGCUAUACUUCUUCCUCUUCUGCGUGCGCGCACCCUUCUUCGUCGCCUUCUCACUAUUAUACUUCUGCAUUCUCGAAUGGAUUUCCGUGGGUAGGAGAUUGAAGUAUGGGGUGCUGUGGCUGAUGCUGGGCAUCCCUGGCGUGUGGUGGGUGGACUUGCAGGUUGACGGUGUCAAGAGAGGACAGUUACAUUCUGCGAAAGACAACCUCCCCAAAGCCGGCACAAUCAUCGCGUCCUCCUUCACGUCACCGCUCGACCCGCUCUACCUCGCCGGCAUCUUCCAGCCCAUCUUCACGCGCUCAUACCCCCACCACCGAAAAGUCGAACGUAUAACCCUCUUCCGCGCGAUAGUACACGCGUUCUCUCCGCCCGUCCUCUCUCCACCAGACGCCUCAAAGCUCGUCUCCCUCCAACAACUCACCGACGAGAACCCCAGCAGGAUAAUUUGCGUAUUCCCCGAAACAACCACAACAAACGGCAGGGGCAUCCUCCCACUAUGCCCCAGUUUGCUGAGCGCAGACGGCAAGACCAAGAUCUACCCUGUCAACCUCCGCUACACACCCCAAGACGUCACAACCCCCGUCCCGGGCGGCUACCCCUCCUGGUUCUGGGGCCUCCUCAGUAAGCCGUCACACCAAAUGCGCGUCCGCAUUGCUUCGCGCGUAUACAACAGUAGCAACCAAGACUCGCCGUCUCGCUCUACAUCGAAUUCGAAACAGAACUCUGUCAAGGCAUCGGGUUACGACGCGAACAUCUUCGAUCAACCGGACUUUAGGAACGGGUUCAGUGGCAAGCAUGGUGAGGCGGGUGAUGGCAUGGAUGUGGAUGUUGGUGGUCAGGUCAAUGGCGACGAUGGUGUUCUGAGUGAGAAGGAACAACAGGUCCUUGAGAGGGUUGCGGAGGAUUUGGCGAGGUUGGGCAGGGUUAAGAGGGUUGGCUUGGGGGUCGAGGAGAAGGUGGAGUUUUUGAAGGUUUGGGGGAGGAGGAAACGGUAG